AUGGUCCACAGAGCAAGAGUCAUCGACAUCCUUACUAACGAACUGAAACUACUUGGGCCAAUACUCAACUUCAUAAAUAAUUUCUUAAAAGAAAGACUUAUGCAAGUAAGAGUUAUCAACUUUUUAUCUAAUCCCAGAACAAUUAAUAAUGGUCUCCCGCAAGGCUCGGUAAUAAGCGUUCUCCUAUUCCUAAUAGCCGUCAAUGAAGUAGUCAAGUGUAUAUCAGACCCGUCUCACGCUCAUCUUUUCGCUGACGAUCUACCCUGUUGA